UGAAAAUUAUAAGCGCAACAUGUGUCAUUCUGCAGUCAUCGCGGUCAUCGUGCUCGUUGGCGAUACAACGAGAAGAGCGACAGUAGCAGGAGCUGACACUACUAUAUCUGAUGCCUGGACCACCAUGAUGACAUCUGCCGAACCUUCCCGUAGCAGUGAAAUAGUAAACGACCAUGUUAUAAUGCAGAUAUUAACUGAACCUGUUGUUCCACAGUCGGCUACAAAUGGAGAUACAACAGACGAAGUCCAAGGGAAUGCCUAUAAUGGGUUCUAUUCUUCUACAGUCAAUUUUAAUGAUAUUUACAGUAAUAACGUGGUGGUACUUGGUGAGGAUCCGACUCCUGCAAAAGAUUAUAAAGAAAAAAAAGAUGAUGCUUUCCACUUGAAAAAUUUACCGUCGAGUUAUGUAGAGUUUCGUCCGCAAACACAAGCAGCAACUCCAGUGACCGUACCUCCGUCAAUUUAUAAACUUAAUGCUUCAUAUGUUAUGAAGACUGAAAGUACUGCGACUUCUUCAACCAGUACAACGACUACAGAAGAACCGGAGGAGAUAAGUGUUCGAGUUAUUCCGAUAAAGAAGGAUUAUCAAAGAGGGAUUCUUGACCUCUUAUUCCCAGCUGCUAGAGUGAGAACAUUUAAGACCGUGUUCGAUACGUUUAGACGGUUAAUGUCACAUACGUUCCGAUAG